UUGCACAAUAUUACCACAAUACUGUACAAUUCAGUGUAUAAAACGUUCAACGGUGUACGUUUUUUAAAGUAGUGUAUUCGCAUCUUUCAGUGCUGUUACACGACCAAGUGUUAUUGCUUUAACAAUGUCCGGUGAACCUGUGGUUGAACAAAGUGGUGAAUUAGCACAAGAAACAGAACCAGAAGUUGUUGCGACUCGUAAUUAUACGAGCACCGCAGAGAAAGAUGGCUGGUGGUACAUAGCGCGGUAUUCAAAAGAACAUAAAUAUUAUUAUGGAAAUACUGGUGACCGUUCGGGUCAAGCGUUUCGAACUCGGAGGGCACAAUGCGGUUUUAUUUGGGAAAAUAAAUGGACACAAGCUUUAAGAACAAGCAUUGGUAAUAGCGACGAUGUUGGCGCAUUUCUUAACUUGACGAAUUCCUAUCUGCUCGUUUGUGAUGGAGAGGAAUCAAACAACUUUUGCAAAGUCGCGCAGGAUGAUUUGCCUGACAUUCCUGUGGUGAAGACCUCACUGGCAGGCUGCAGAGUUAUAGGGCGUAUGUGUGUUGGGAAUAAAAAUGGACUGAUCGUACCUGAAACAACCUCAGACAUAGAGGUGCAACAUUUAAAACGUGAAUUGCCCGAUUCUGUUGAAGUUAGAACACUGGAAGACAGACUGUCUGCUUUAGGAAACGUGAUCGUGUGUAAUGAUCACGUUGCUUUGGUCCACCCAGAUUUAGAUAAAGAAAGUGAAGAAAUUGUUGCAGACACAUUAAAAGUUGAAGUUUUUCGCCACUUGAUAGCCAAUAAUUCCUUAGUAGGUUCAUAUUGUGUCAUGAACAACAAUGGAGGCCUAGUUCAUAUAGAUGCAAGUAAAACUGAAUUGGAGGAUUUAUCGUCGCUUCUGCAGUUACAGUUAAUUGCUGGGACAGUUAAUGGUGGGAAUAAAACUGUGGCAUCAGGAUUAGUCGCAAAUGAUUGCAUUGCGUAUGCAGGAAUGAAAACAACAGGGAAAGAAUUUGCGUCUAUUGAAACAGCGUUACAGUUGAAAAUUGGUUUCUCUAUAGUUUAUUUACAAAUUCGGAUAUCUUACACGUGGAACAGGAGACGGUGCCCAUCUUCUUCGUUUCGAUGUCGGCGGCAGAAGAGAGUACUUGCCGUACUCGCGCCUCCUUGUGUCCCCAGUUGGUCUCUGCGUCGGCGCCAGGCUAACCAAUCACGAGUGGUGUUCGGUGAGCAUAUUGAGUUGCCUACUCGUAGGCGAGAGGAAGUAGUACGUGUGCGUUGUGUUGCCUACAUUAACAUCACAGCAACGCCACAGAUUGCUGUUACACGACCAAGUGUUAUUGCUUUAACAAUGUCCGUUGAACCUGUGGUUGAACAAAGUGGUGAAUUAGAACAACAAACAGAACCAGAAGUAGUUGCGACUCGUAAUUAUACGAGCAUCGCAGAGAAAGAUGCCUGGUGGUACAUAGCUCGAUUUUCAAAAGAUUAUAAAUAUUGUUACGGAAAUACCCAGGAUUUGUCGGCCCAAGCAUUUCGUACCCGAAGAGCACAAAGCGGAUAUGUGUGGGAAAAGAAGUGGACACAAGCUUUAAGAACAAGCAUUGGUAAUAGCGACGAUGUUGGCGCAUUUCUUAACUUGACGAAUGCCUAUCUGCUCGUUUGUGAUGGGGAGGAAUCAAACAACUUUUGCAAAGUCGCGCAGGAUGAUUUGCCUGACAUUCCUGUGGUGAAGACCUCACUGGCAGGCUGCAGAGUUAUAGGGCGUAUGUGUGUUGGGAAUAAAAAUGGACUGAUCGUACCUGAAACAACCUCCGACGUAGAGCUGCAACAUUUAAAACGUGAAUUGCCCGAUUCUAUUGAAGUUAGGACACUGGAAGACAGACUGUCUGCUUUAGGAAACGUGAUCGUGUGUAAUGAUCACGUUGCUUUGGUCCAUCCAGAUUUAGAUAAAGAAAGUGAAGAAAUUGUUGCAGACACAUUAAAAGUUGAAGUUUUUCGGCACGUGAUAGCCAGUAAUUCCUUAGUAGGUUCAUAUUGUGUCAUGAACAACAAUGGAGGCCUAGUUCACAUAGAUGCUAGUAAAACUGAAUUGGAGGAUUUAUCAUCACUUCUGCAGUUGCAGUUAGUUGCUGGGACAGUUAAUGGUGGGAAUAAAACUGUGGCAUCGGGAUUAGUCGUAAACGAUUGCAUUGCGUAUGCAGGAAUGAAAACAACAAGUAAAGAAUUUGCGUCUAUUGAAGCAGCGUUACAAUUGAAAAUUCAUUAAUGUAUUUAAACCGUUAUGUGAUAAUUUAUUGUAUGUUUUUUCUUAUGCAUUGACGACUGUGAUAAUUAUACGUAUUUUUAGAA